CAUUUGACAAGACACUCGAAGGCUGUGAUCAGCUGUGACAACGAUCUUUUCGGACACCGCGUAUAUAGCCGCGACCACGGUUGACACGUCGCUCGCAUACAGACGCUUCAUCACGUCCAGCUUCAUUAAGUAAACAAUGCACGCAGAGUUUAUCGUGCUUGUAAACGGAAGUCCCAGGAGGAAAACUAAUUUGUCAGAAGACGAAGUUAGAUUGCAGAUAUGACGUUGUUCGCCCACGCUUUUCCGGAAGACAAAAGCGGGCGGCUGCUUCGAUAGAAGGCCAGUCCCGCCAGUCUACCUCUGCCUGCGCGCAAAGUUCUCGCGAGUACGCUCGAGCACGCUCGAGUACAUUGACCUCGAUUCGGAUCCAAAUAUUGUCGACCGAAAGGGAUUUCGGUGGUCGACUGGUAUCAAAAGCCAUCCGAUACGAGAAGGUGCGUCAGUGUGCGUGCGCGUGCCAUGUGCACAGCACGCCAGCGUGUGCUCCCUCUCCCUUCGCCUCAGCUGAGCGCGUGGACGGAAAUUCAAAAAAUACACACCUCAUUAAUGAUGUCGAGAGAUUAAACCGAUUAAGCUCCCGCUCUUAUCAGUAUCGUGCCGAUGUAGCCGACGAUUACUUGUCGAUGCAAACGAGCGUAUCUCACCUAUACUAAAGUGUUGAUGAGGUUCUUCGAGUAUCAUUGAUGCGUUUGUGGAAGUGAGCACGUUGAAGAAUAUCCUGUGAAGAUGGGCCAAACCGCAGAAGGCAACAAUGACAGUAAUGACAAGCGGACUGAAAGUAACACACAGCAUAAACAUAAUGAAAGAUCUUCGGAGCCAGAUAGGCAACAGCAAUCUCUCCUACCAAAGGCAAGUGGUAGCACAGCGAGACAAGUUAGAGAAUACAUGCCGAGGUCUGGAAUGAAGAAGUACAAUAAUGCUUUGAGCAAUUUGAUACCAGUACGAUACCAGAACCAAAAGAAAGAAAAUUCACCAGCAGAUAAUGCUGGGUUAUUUUCGUAUGUAUACAUAACUUGGAUGACACCGUACUUUUGGAAAGCGUACAAGAAAGGUCUUACGAUAAAUGAUUUACCGGAUAUUUCAGUAUAUGAUACCUGCGAAUACAAUGCACUCAGACUUGACGUACUUUGGCAACAGGAGCUAAGUCAAAACGGUCCUAAUGCAGCAUCUUUUUCUAUGGUUGCGUGGAGAUUUGUACGCACACGAGUUUGCAUAUCAUGCUUUUUAUUAACUUGUUCUCUUAUUUUUGGAUUUAUCAGUCCUACGAUAAUAAUGAGGAAAAUAUUGGAGCACGUGGAGUCUCCAGAAGAGAACUUUUGGGAUGGCAUUAAAUGGGUUUUUCUAUUGACGGUAUGCGAUUCUCUGCGAGCUUUCUUCUUCACCUGGACGUGGAAUAUGAAUUACAAGACUGGAUUACGAUUGAAGUCGGCUUGUACAGCUCUAUUAUAUAAGAAGAUUAUGAGGCUGAAUAGUCUCGGCAAUAAAAGUACGGGAGAAGUAAUCAAUUUAUUUUGCAACGACAGUCAAAGGCUCUUUGAUGUGAUCAUUUAUGGGCCGAUGAUUAUCAGCGGACCUAUAGUUAUAAGUUGCGGUAUAAUUUAUGUAUUGUGGUUAUUCAAUCCCAUCGCUCUGGUAGGAAUGAUAGCUUUUCUCUCGUUUUAUCCAUGUCAGUACUUCAUCUCUCGCGCGACUGGCUACUUUCGCUCGAAGUCGGUAAAUAUUACGGACGCUCGAGUGCGACUCAUGAGUGAGAUCUUGGAAUGCAUAAAGUUGAUUAAAAUGUAUUCCUGGGAGAACUAUUUUGGCCAGAAACUUCUCGCCAUACGCAAGAAGGAGGAACGAUGGCUUCAUAAGACUGCUUAUUUUCAAAGUCUUAGCAUUUCUCUAACGCCUGCUAUACCUGUAAUAUCCGCGAUCAUCACGUUUCUAGCACACAUUGCCUCGGGCAGUGGAUUAACGGCCGCGCAGGCUUUCCCAAUGACCACGUUAUUUGGAAAUUUGCUUAGACUGGCACUCACGUCACUUAAGGAUACCACGCGAUAUUUUAUGAGCGCCCUCAUAGCUCUUAGAAGAUUCAAGGUGUUUCCCUUCGUAUCGGUGCUCAAUGCUCAAAUUCGUACCUCUUUCAUGUUUUUACAAGUGGCCUUAAUUAAUAUCGCUGCAGUAAAGAUAACUUAUGGCAGAAUAAAGGACGUAUUGCUGUUGGACGAGGGCAGUUGCCGAGCGUCGAAACCGAUUGUGAGAUCGCAAGCGGUUGCCAUUGCUAAUGGCACCUUUGUUUGCGACAGCAUAAGGCUUCAAACGGAUGCAUCAACCGACAGCAAAAAAAAGAAGAAAUCGCCACCGGUCACGGACAAUCCGCUUGAAUUGGAAAACCUGAAUCAACCGACGCAGGAAGCUAAGUACGUCGAAGUUCUUAGCGACCUGCAUUUCGGAGCACCCAAAGGAAAACUGGUCGGUAUCUGCGGCCACGUAGGCAGCGGCAAGUCCAGUCUACUGCUAGCAGCUUUGGGACAGCUGAGGAUGACGAAGGGAAACAUCCUGAGGGAAGGCACAUGCGCCUACGUCAGCCAACAGGCGUGGAUUGUGAAUGGCACCUUCAAGGAGAACAUACUCUUUGGCGAGGAGUUCGAUGCCAAACGUUACUAUCACACGAUCACAAUUUGCAACCUGAAGGAAGAUUUGAACAUGUUGCCGGGAGGAGACGAUACCGAGAUUGGUGAGAGGGGUGUCAAUCUGUCCGGAGGACAGAAGCAGAGGGUCGCGCUCGCGCGAGCAUAUUAUGCUAAUCGGGACAUUUACUUUCUCGACGAUCCUUUGAGCGCGGUUGACGCGUAUGUCGGCUCGUAUAUAUUUGAGAAAUUGAUCCUGGAAGCUCUAAGAAACAAAUCUGUUCUUUUCGUGACACAUAACAUUCAGUUUUUAAAACGUUGUGAUGAAAUCUACAUGAUGAAUGCGGGCAAGAUCGUAGAGCAUGGAACCCACGAAGAUCUGAUGCGACUCGAUAGGGAAUACGCCUCGAUGGUGAAAAACAGCACAAUUGUAACGGAAGAUCAUUUGUCAGCUGUUAAAUCUACGGGGGUGAUGCAGAGAAAUAUUGACGAUUCAGAAGUGCGAAAAGCGGAAUCUGCGUACAAGGAAAAUUAUGGAAAAGAGAAAUUAUACAAAGGAACAGCUUUAACAGUAGCAGAAAAGUCCGAGACUGGAUCUGUCAAGUCAUACACUUAUCACACAUACGUGCAAGCCACAGGUGGUUACUUGAUCGCUAUUAUUGUAUUUUUUACAUUUUUCUUGAACGUAGGCAGUUCAGCCUUCAGUACUUGGUGGCUCGCUGUAUGGAUUAAAGCUGGCGGAGGCAACGUGACUGUGUCAGGAACUAAUGAUACUGUAUAUUCGGAGAAUAUAAACGCCAAUCCUCACUUCUCGUUUUAUCGAGAUAUAUACGGCACCUGCAUCGCCGGUAUACUAUUGACAAGUUUUAUUCGUGGCCUAGUCAUUAUGUUUGCCACGAUAAAGGCCUCGACCACAUUGCACAACACGUUUUUUCGCAAAAUCAUUAGUUCUCCGUUGAGCUUCUUCGAAACCACUCCAAGUGGUAGAAUACAAAAUGUUUUCACUCGAGACAUAGACGAAAUUGACAAUUACUUACCUAUAUCGAUAGAAAAUAUGGUGCAAAAUAUUUUUACUUGUAGUUUUGCUAUUUUCUUUAUCUGCGGUAUACUGCCCUGGUUUUCGAUACCGUUACUUCUGUUUGGUACAUUGUUCUUCUUUGUUGGCAAACUGUUUAGAAUAGGAAUGAGGGAUUUGAAGAGAAUGGAGAGUGUCUCGCGGUCUCCUGUUUUGAGUUUCGUCACAACUUCUAUCCAAGGUUUGAGCACAAUUCACGCGUUUCAAAAGGAGAAGAAUUUCUUAUAUAGAUUUGAAGAGUUAUUCAACACGAAUAACUUAUGUCAGCAUCUGUGCCAAGCCGCGAUGAGAUGGUCUGCGGUGAGGCUGGACAGUUUGGUAAUUGCCUCGUCCUGCAUAACCGCGUUACUCGUGAUAUCUUUCAAAAAUGAGAUUUCGCCGGCCUUUGCCGGUCUGGCUAUGGCGUAUGCCACGCAAAUGACUGGCGUUUUCCAGUAUACAGUGAGACUGAUGUCCGAGACGGAGGUGCGCUUUAUAAGCGUAGAGAGAAUCAGUUAUUACCUCAAGACUUUGCAGAGGGAAGGUGCAAGCAGGACAGUCGCUCUUAAAAUAACCGAUGAUUGGCCUUCUCAUGGCAAAAUAGAGUUCAAAGCUGUUCAAAUGAGAUAUAGGGAGGAGCUACCGCUUGUACUGAUCGACGUCUCGUUUAACAUAAAGGCCGGAGAGAAAAUCGGCAUCGUGGGUCGCACGGGAUCGGGCAAAAGUUCCUUGGUCGUAGCUUUAUUCCGACUAGUCGAAAUUUGCGAGGGUGUUAUUAAAAUUGACGGUAUCGACAUUUCGAAAUUGGAGUUGGAUGUAUUGAGAAGUAAAUUGUCGAUUAUUCCUCAGGAUCCAAUUUUAUUCAGCGGCACUAUAAGAUCUAAUUUGGAUCCCUUCCAACAGCACGCCGAUCGCGAUAUUUGGAGCGCCCUUGAAAAGACUCAGAUGAAAGAAAAGGUAUCUGUUAUGCCGGGAAAUCUCGACGCUUCCGUUGGAUUUGGUGGAAAUAAUCUGAGCGUCGGCGAGAGACAGCUUCUUUGUCUUUCAAGAGCUCUAUUACAUAGUGCAAAGGUGCUGAUUCUGGAUGAAGCCACUGCCGCUGUUGAUCCGGAAACUGAAACGACGGUGCAGAACACCCUGCAGAACGAGUUCGCCGAUUGUACUGUACUUACGAUCGCUCACCGAUUGCAAACGGUCGUCACAUGUAAUCGCAUUCUCGUCAUGAGCGAGGGCAGGGUUGUCGAAUUCGGCCUCACCAUUGCGAACAUAAUCCCCAUUAUGAUGCUGGGGCGGAAGCAGAGCCUCAAGGGGGAACCCGUCCUGGCCGAUUACGGUCCGGAGGAGUCCCUCAAUGAGAGCGCUGACAUAGAGUGGGUCAACAAGUUAUGGGUGAGGAGGCUGAUGCGAUUUUGCGCCCUAGUCUCGUUGACUUCCGUUUGCCUGAACACCCCGAAAACAUUUGAGAAAGUACCGUCCCUCCAAUACGUUACCUUCAUUUGCGAUUUGAUAGUCACGUUUCUGUUCACUGCCGAGAUGAUCGCCAAGAUGCACAUACGGGGAAUACUGAAGAGGGAUAAGUCUUAUUUGAAAGACCACUGGUGCCAAUUCGACGCGAGUAUGGUGAUCUUCCUCUGGUUAUCUGUGAUCCUGCAAAUGUUCGAGAUGCUGGGUUUCCUCAUAAAGUUUAGUUACGCCUCGAUUAUGCGGGCACCACGGCCGCUGAUCAUGAUACGCUUCCUCCGAGUCUUCCUCAAAUUUUCGAUGCCCAAAGCCAGAAUCAAUCAGAUUUUCAAACGCUCGAGUCAGCAGAUCUACAACGUAACGCUUUUCUUCCUGUUCUUCAUGUCUCUUUAUGGCCUUCUGGGUGUGCAAUUCUUCGGCGAACUGAAAAAUCACUGCGUGCAGAACACAACCAAGCCCCAUUACAUCACGAUCAACAGCCUGGCUAUUCCCGAUACGUUCUGCUCCACUGAUCCUGGAUCCGGAUAUCAAUGCCCUGAAGGAAUGAUCUGCAUGAAGCUGGAAUUGACCAAGUAUAUCAUAGGCUUCAAUGGAUUUGACGAGUUUGCUACCAGUAUCUUCACCGUGUACCAAGCGGCUUCUCAGGAAGGAUGGGUCUUCAUCAUGUAUCGCGCGAUCGACAGUCUACCGGCAUGGCGCGCGGUUCUUUACUUCAGCACGAUGAUAUUUUUCCUGGCCUGGUUAGUGAAGAACGUUUUCAUUGCUGUUAUCACGGAGACUUUUAAUGAAAUCAGAGUGCAGUUCCAACAAAUGUGGGGCGUCAGAGGACACAUCAGCAACAGUUCGGCAUCGCAGAUACUGACCGGAGAUGACAAUGGUUGGAAAUUAGUGACAUUAGAUGAGAAUAAGCAUGGGGGUUUAGCCUCUCCGCUCUGUCACACCAUCCUUAAGUCGCCGCAUUUUCGCUCGGUGGUAAUGUGCGCGAUUCUGGCGAACGGUAUCACCACCGCGACGAUGAGCUUCAAGCACGACGAGAAACCGAGGCAUACGUACUACGACAAUUAUUACUGGGCCGAGAUUGUCUUCACGAUAUUACUGGACCUAGAGACCCUCUUCAAGAUAUGGUGCCUGGGCUUCCGGAGUUAUUACAAGCAUUCGAUUCACAAGUUCGAACUGCUGCUUGCCAUUGGCACGACUAUACACAUUCUUCCGUUCUUCUAUCUCUCUGGAUUCACUUACUUUCAGGUUCUCAGAAUGGUCCGGCUCAUUAAGGCAUCGCCGAUGUUGGAGGACUUUGUCUAUAAGAUUUUCGGCCCCGGCAAGAAGCUCGGCAGUCUCAUUAUUUUUACCAUGUGCCUGCUGGUGAUAUCCUCCAGUAUUUCCAUGCAACUCUUCUGUUUCCUCUGCGAUUUCACUAAGUUCGAAACCUUUCCCGAGGCGUUUAUGUCCAUGUUCCAAAUUUUCACGCAAGAAGCCUGGGUUGACGUAAUGGAUGAAACUAUGUUACGAACCCACGAAACGGUAGCACCGCUGGUUGCAGUAUAUUUCAUCUUGUACCAUCUCUUCGUCACAUUGAUCGUGUUGAGUCUUUUCGUCGCGGUAAUUCUCGACAAUCUCGAGCUGGACGAGGACAUUAAGAAACUGAAGCAAUUGAAAUUUCGCGAACAAAGUGCCGAGAUAAAGGAAAGCUUGCCGUUCAGAUUGAGAAUCUUUGAAAAGUUUCCAGACAGUCCACAAAUGACGUGUCUUCACAAAGUGCCGUCAGAUUUCAAUUUACCGAAGGUGCGCGAGAGCUUUAUGCGACAAUUCGUGCUUGAAGUGGAGGACGAGGAAAACGAAGGUGCAAAGAGAACUAAUGAAACCUUUGACUCGAAAAUAGUGUAUAGAAAGCAACGCCCGGUGAAAAUCUUAAACAAUCCGCCGAAGGUGAGAAGCGUUGUUACUAAUCUGAAGAAAGCGUCCGUUAUUUAUAUCAUAAACGAUUCCAACAAUCAGAGGCUUCUCUUGGGAGACUCCGCCAUGAUUCCAGUACCAGGGAAAGGACUUCUGAAACCGCAGGGUACUGUGAGUGGCGCCAAGCAGCUUCGCAUCGAUCCGAAAAAAUCAAUCAGAAGAAGUGUCCGAAGUGGAUCAAUCAAGCUCAAACAGACGUACGAGCAUCUCAUGGAAAACGGUGACAUAGGGGGAAUAAACAGAGUCAGUUCGUCGCGUAGUAGGCCGCAUGAUUUAGACAUCAAGUUGCUGCAAGCUAAGAGGCAACAGGCGGAGAUGCGAAGAAAUCAACGCGAAGAUGAUUUGCGAGAGAAUCAUCCGUUCUUCGACACGCCGUUGUUCGCGGUACCUCGCGAAAGUAAAUUCCGAAAAUAUUGCCAGCUGUUUGUCUAUGCGAGAUACGACGCGAGAUUGAAGGAUCCUUUGACGGGCAAGGAAAGGAAAGUGCAGUACAAGAGUCUGCACAAUUUCCUCGGUUUAGUGACAUAUCUCGACUGGGUAAUGAUAUUUAUCACGACGUUGUCGUGCAUCUCGAUGAUGUUCGAGACGCCGCGAAAACGCGUGAUGGAGACACCGGCGUUGCAGGUCACCGAAUACUGCUUCGUUAUUUGCAUGAGCAUCGAACUUGCGUUAAAGAUCUUGGCGGACGGUCUGUUCUUCACGCCCAAGGCCUACAUCAAGGAUGUUGCUUCUGUGUUAGAUGUCUUCAUUUACAUUGUAAGUCUCGUAUUCUUAUGUUGGAUGCCGAAGAGCGUGCCACCGAAUUCUGGAGCGCAGCUACUGAUGAUAUUACGAUGCGUUAGACCGCUAAGAAUCUUCACCCUUGUACCGCACAUGAGAAAGGUCGUUUAUGAGCUGUGCAGAGGAUUCAAGGAAAUUCUGCUGGUAUCGACAUUACUGUUUCUGCUGAUGUUCAUGUUCGCGAGUUACGGAGUACAACUGUAUGGUGGUAGAUUAGCAAGAUGCAACGAUCCCACGAUUUUGAAGCGCGAGGAGUGCGUCGGUGUAUUUAUGAGACGAGUGUUCGUGACGAAGAUGAAACUGCGACCGGGAAAAAACGAGAGUUAUCCAUCCAUAUUGGUACCGCGCGUUUGGGCUAAUCCUAAAAGAUUCAAUUUUGAUAAUAUUGGCGACGCUAUGAUGGCUCUGUUCGAAGUGCUUUCUUUCAAAGGCUGGCUUGACGUGCGGGACGUCCUUAUUAAGGCUCUUGGACCUCUUCACUCAAUCUAUAUACACAUUUAUAUUUUCCUCGGUUGCAUGAUUGGCUUGACAUUGUUCGUGGGUGUCGUGAUCGCGAAUUACUCUGAGAAUAAAGGCACCGCUUUGCUCACGGUCGAUCAAAGACGAUGGUGCGACUUGAAAAAACGUCUGAAGAUUGCCCAACCGCUGCAUUUACCACCCAGGCCGGACGGCAAGAUGUUUCGCGCUUUCAUCUAUGACAUCACGCAGAACAUUUAUUUCAAGAGGUUCAUCGCCGCAAUGGUGCUCAUGAACAGCGCCCUUCUGUGCGUUUCUUGGAGACUCGAGGAGAAACACACGGAAGCUUUGGCUACAGUCUCCACGAUUCUGACACUGGUCUUCCUCGUGGAAGUAAUCAUGAAAAUUAUUGCAUUUACACCACGUGGCUAUUGGCAGUCCAGAAGAAACAGAUACGAUUUGCUCGUGACAGUCGUGGGCGUUAUCUGGAUCAUCAUACACUGCACGAUGCAGAACGAUCUGUCCUAUGUAAUUGGCUUUAUGGUCGUAAUCCUGAGAUUCUUCACCAUCACCGGCAAACACACCACUCUCAAAAUGCUGAUGUUGACGGUCGGUGUGUCUGUCUGCAAGAGCUUCUUCAUCAUAUUCGGCAUGUUUCUCCUUGUCUUCUUCUAUGCGUUAGCCGGCACCAUAAUUUUCGGGACGGUGAAAUACGGAGAAGGCAUAGGAAGACGCGCUAAUUUUGAAUCACCGGUUACUGGCGUGGCGAUGCUCUUUCGCAUAGUGACGGGGGAGGAUUGGAACAAAAUUAUGCACGACUGCAUGAUACAGCCACCCUAUUGCACGCCGGCGGAUAAUUACUGGGAAACGGACUGCGGCAAUUUCCACGCUUCUCUAAUUUACUUUUGCACCUUUUACGUCAUCAUCACUUACAUCGUCUUGAAUCUUUUAGUGGCUAUUAUCAUGGAGAACUUUUCCCUAUUCUAUUCAAAUGAAGAAGACGCGUUGUUAUCGUACGCCGACAUAAGGAAUUUCCAGAACACGUGGAACGUCGUUGAUAACCAUCAGAAAGGUGUUAUACCGGUGAAGCGGGUGAAGUUUAUCUUGCGGUUGUUAAAGGGCAGAUUGGAGACUGAUCCGCAAAAGGAUCGCCUGCUCUUCAAAUACAUGUGCUACGAAUUGGAACGAUUGCACAAUGGCGAAGACGUUACCUUUCACGAUGUUAUUAAUAUGUUAUCGUACCGCUCAGUGGACAUAAGGAAAGCGCUUCAAUUGGAGGAACUUCUUGCACGAGAAGAAUUCGAGUACAUAAUCGAGGAGGAAGUCGCUAAGCAAACUAUCAGAACUUGGUUACAGGGCUGCUUGAAGAAGAUACGAGCGAAACAAAACAAUCUUAUCGCCGGGCUUCGCGCUACAAAUAAUGCAGCUAUGCUUAUUCAAGAUAUAGAGAAGGGUAAAGAGGAGAAAGGCAAGGAAGUUAGCGUCGAUCGUGAGGAGGAGAUUGAAACAAAGGAUGUCGAAGCCCCGAAGUAUAGGGCCAAGAAACCUAUGGUGCUUCCAAGAUCGGACAGCAUAGGAAGUGCUUCGGGAAGGAAGUACCUAGCACCGACUUUAUCGGAUCCCGCAGCCGUUCGAUCCGAGAAGGAUAAGAUCGCAGCGUCAAAGAAGAGAAAUAGCAGACCGCCAUCAAUGGUGAAAAAUAAUUUGCACCACCACUUGACGGAAAAUACGGAGCAGAGCAGGCAGCAACGGGAGGCGUUGAGCAACAAAACGACCGCGCCUAAAGUUUCCAGCGUCAUGUUGGAGGUUCGAGAAUGGUGGAAGGAGCAGUUAGCUUACAGCAGCGAGUCCAGCGAGGACGAACUCUGAACUUUUCGAAAUUGCGGAUCGUGAAUAAUUACGAUCGCAGCAGAUUGUGAAGUGAGGAUUCCUACUUUUAGCAAUUGUAUAAAAGACGAAUUCUUAGCCUAAGAAUUUUGCAUCCAGCGAGAAGGAAGAUCCAGGGAGAAACGUGGAAUGUGCCUAAUAAUUUUAAUCACAAACUCGAGGAACUUUAACGCGUUGAGCUUCAACCGUAAUUCGCCACCUUCACUGCUGAGAACUAUAUUAAUAUUUUGCUACGCCCAAGGCAGUGUGCACAGAGCGAGCUAAAACGUUCAAAUUUUUCGUUAUACGUUCAACGAAGCUCAUCGUGUUAGAAGAAUCGAUUUCCUACCGGAAGAGAAAGAGAGAGUUACAAUUGUCGAAACACGUACAUAUUCGCGACACAUUUCGCAUCGAAUUCGGAACAUCACUGCCGUGUGUCAAACAGAUCGCCCAUACGAAAAUGCUUGAAUCCUUGAAUAUCGGUUUGUUAAAAGAUUUCGAUGUAUGUUUUGAUGAAUUUUUCCGCACGUCACUCGCGCGUAUUUGUCACUCAUGCAUCGUGUGAUUCGGCUAUUUUUAAAACGUCAUCUCGAGGUAACUACAAUUGUAUGUAGCAAAUUUUGUACGACACGAAGUUAAUUAUCGCGCGGGUAAUAGCUAGAGUCCAUUAUGGUGUUAUUAAGGGCAACUGUGAGUACAAUUAGCAUAGGACGCGAUUCGUCGUAGAUAUUUUUGUCGUGAAGAGGGUACUGAUUCUGUGUAAAAAGAAAAAAACACAUUAGGACGUUGCAGAUCGUCGAUUGUUUCCUCCUUACAGCAAGAAUACGUCCCAAAGGCCUGUAUCGUAGAUCCACGCGAUUGAUUUGAUAUCGAACAGUUGUAAAAGUUUUAGCGCGUGACCGUUGAUGUUAUAUUACCUCUGUUAUUAAUUAAUACAGUAAUGCUGUUACGGGUGUCGCUUUAGUGAAAAAAAGAGGGUUGUGCAGUCGAGAGAAUUACUUGGCGGAGGGCGUAAGUUAUUUUGAAACACGAGUGCGUCGGCUCUCUAUAUUGUGUAUGUUGAACAUACGAGAGAUAAAUGGAGCAUUUAUAUUAAAUAUACGACUGUCGUAAGUUUUUUGUAACGAGACAAUGUGCGAGUAACGUCGUAAUAAAUUUGUGAGACGAACCUUUAGCGGAACGCGAUCGAUGUUAGCGCAAUAAUACGCAUACGCACACGCACGAUGAAUGUUAUGCAUAUAUAUAUAUAUAUAAAUAUAUUUACAGAAGCGGAAAAUGGAUUUAGCGUUGUGAGCCGCAUUACGUUUACAUCACUGUAAUGAAUGUUGAUGAUUGUUGCUAGUUUAUGUGCCAAUGUGUUGUCUUAUCGAGUAUAGGGCAAAUAAAUGUUGUUAGAUAUCAUUA